AUGAUAUUUCUUGCAUUGUCACAACUCUUGCUUAGUUUCAUCUUAAUCGCAUUUGCUUUACUUAUACUUUCUGUAAAUAAUAACGAAAAUGAACUAAAAAGUGCUAAUUCCACUCAUAAAUUAGAUAAUAUGGAUAACGGAGAUCUUUUACAGUCACCUUUGGAUUUAAAAACUUAUUCUCCUCUAAACGAUAGCAUAAGCGAUUUAUAUGGUGAAUGUUUUCAUAUUCAACCGAUUUCAAAUAUUGAAAGACCUAUUGUUAGCGUUGUGUAA